AGUAUCAGCAAGAAGAAAGGCAGGUGAAGUGAAGGCAAGUGUCGCUGACUUUUGCCUCUGUCCCUGGAGAGAAGACUGCUGAUGGAGUCCCUCUGGCCUUCCCAAGACAGUCUGUCAUGAAGAUGUAACUCCAAGUUUCUCACUCCAAUUAUGGAUCUGCUCAACUCUACUGAUUACCUGCUCAAUGUCUCUACUUUAAUAAGAAACAGCAUUCACAUUCCAACUUCUGCCUCAAAAAUGACUGUUGUGCUUCUUUUGCUCACAUCAUCUAUAAUUGGCACUAUCACCAAUGGUUUCUACCUAUGGGUGCUAAAAUUCAAAAUGAGAAAGACUGUCAAUACUCUCUUAUAUUUUCAUCUCAUUCUCUCCUAUUUUAUUUCAACAUUGUUUUUGCCAUUUCUGGCCAUCUCCCACCUUCAAGAUGAUCACUGGAGCUUUGGAAUGGCCACGUGCAAGAUGGUCUAUGGCAUUUUGUACACAGGGAUGUUUGCGUCGGUUUUCUUCCUCUCGGCCAUCAGUGUUGAUCGUUAUCUUCUCACUCUUCACCCAGUGUGGUCGCAGCUGCACCGAACCCCACACUGGGCUUCCAGCAUCAUCUUGGGAGUCUGGAUCUCUGCCACUGCCCUCAGCAUACCCUAUAUGGUUUUCAGGGAGACACAUGAUGACCAUAAAGGAAUGGUGACCUGCCAAAAUAAUUACGCCAUAUCUACCAACUGGGAAAGCAAAAAGAUGCAAACAUUAAGGCAAUGGAUUCAUGUGGCCUGUUUUAGCAGCCGCUUCUUGCUGUCCUUCCUUCUGCCUUUCUUCAUCAUCACCUUUUGUUAUGAAAGAGUAGCCAAAAAGAUGAAAGCCAGGGGCCUGUUUAAAUCCAACAAGCCCUUCAAGGUCAUGAUGACGGCAAUUAUCUCUUUCUUUGUGUGUUGGAUGCCCUACCAUGUAUACCAAGGCUUAAUUCUCACUAAGAACAAAUCACAAUUUUUCCAGUUGACUCUGAUACUCACAAUGAUAACUAUUUCUUUCAAUACUCUCUUUUCUCCCACACUCUAUCUGUUUAUUGGGGAGAACUUCAGAAAGGUUUUUAAGAAGUCUGUUCUUAAUCUUUUUGAGUUGACAUUCAAUGAGGAUUCUUCAACAGAAAGGACACAAAACCUAAAUUCAGAAGGCUACAUUUAA